AUGAUGGACAACCGGAAGCAGGUGAUGAGCCCCAGCGAGAAGCGGGACCUGGACAUGAUGCUGCGCCUGCAGGGCCGCCCCGGCGGCCGCGGCAGCUUCGAGGCGGCCAAGGCCAAGAAGGCGCGCAAGGGCCGGAAAGCGACUGAGGCGAAGCCGGAGCCCGCGGAGCAGGAGGUGGACACUUCCUUCCAGUCCUUGGCGAGCCAACUGAGCCCCGCAGAGAUCGAGGCGAUGAUCCUACAGACGGACGCCAAGGCGAAGAAGACCCGAAAGCCCCGGCAGAAGAAGAAGAAGGAGGCCGAAGAGGUCCCGAAGCUCGAGGAAGCCGAAGAUGCAGAUCGAAGCGGAGCCGGAAGCGGAGGCGGAGGAGCCCGCGGAGAUUGA